CUGAGAAAUAUAAAAUUACGGAAGAGUUCGAUCUUGAAUCAGUGCGAGUGGCCAACGAAGGUCGCGAGGGAACUAUCUCGAGACCUUACGCAACACAAGGGAAAAUGGCAGGAUUUUGGGAGUAACCGAAGCUUGUUAUUCUUCUCGUGAAGAUACUCUUUAAACUGCGCGGGAAUUUAACCCUAAUUUGCAUUCAAUAGAGCGCCAAGCCUCUCCUGUCAUUAAUUUUAUAACGUGAUCUACUACGUAUAUAAACACUCAACCGCUGUUUUUGAUCUUUUGUGGAGUGAUACAGAUGGCAGAGCUACGACGGAGGCGACCGAAAAUGAGUGAAGUAGAAUUUGUAGAUAAGAAGCACGACGAAAACAGUGGUAAAAUGAGCGAAAUCACGGAAACUACUCAUGAGCUGGUAGAGGAAACCGAAGGACUCGGGGAAGAAGAUAGUUUGCUGACAUUAGAACCCCAAACGGAAGACAAAACGUCACUAGAAUUACCUAGUGUCGACGUAACAGUUGAAGGUAAGGACACCGAAAAUGAAGAAGAGAGUGUAAGCAGCGAAGAAACUGAUGCUCUCGGUGAAGAGGACCAAGAGAGAGCAACCUUGAUUGAAAAACGCAAGGAAGUAUGCGACGACGACGAUAGCGCGGAAGUUGAUAAGGUGGAUGAUGAAGAACAAGAUGACGACGACAACAUUGAAGACGAAACUGUCACAUGUUCCCUCCUUGGUCUUGAGCAAGCAAAGGUAAAUUCCUUUCUAUUUGUUCCUUUAAAAAUGUAGCAUUGAUUUACUCUGCUUACGGAACAUUCUCAAAGGAUUAGUGUCGCGGCACGUGUUUUAUCCACUCUGAAGUCAAUCUACGUAACACAAAAGAAAUACAGUAGAUGAACAGAUGUCUUUAAAAUAACGCGAACUUUCGCGAAAUUUUGAAUCAAUAUUUUAUUCAACAGAACAUAUAUCAAUAUGAGAAACUUUUUUCCUUCUUUUUUUUUUCGGACCGAAAAAUGGCCAACGAAAUUCUGAAUUGAAAGUGCUUGGAAAGAACCACAAGGCGUAUUGGAGCUCCUUUUCAUGAAAAAUUUAUAUUUUCACCGGUCCAAAGUGUACUUGAAGUAUUCAACUACAUGCUAAAAUCUCUGAUAACCUGAAGAUUUGUUGAAAAUUUCACAGUGGUAGCGUCUUUUUCCCUUCUCUCCAACUUUUUAAAAGAUUAAGGAGUUGUUGGGGACGACUUGCAAUAGUAUGAGAAGUUUUAAUAUUAUUUUCCGGCAAAGCUACCUGUGGUGUAUGUGCGCUGUUGUUGUGCUUUAGUGUAUCAAGACUAAAGUAAUUCGUCAGCAGAACUUGCUUUCAAAUGACUUAAUUUUACCGAAGAAGGCUAACGGCUGUAAAUAAUUUCACUCUACAGUCUAAAUGUAUCAACCUUCAAAUAUGCGGAAUUUCCUUCUAGAUGAUAUUAACCCUUUUUAAGAGAAAAUAUAACGACCUGUAGACUCUCCAUGGUCAUCCCAAUGGAAGCUGUUUUAUUCUUUGAGGGCAGCAUGAAUUAAAAGAUUUUACCCAGCACAAGGCCACCCAAAACACUCCAAUAUUAUAUUUGCUUAUUCAAAAGAAAUUACAUAUAUCAGACUCUUGAAGAUAAGUGUCUAUUUAAUAACUUUCAUAUAAAAUUGUUACCUUCUAUCAAAUUUUCAGAAAUAUGACUGAUCAACCUAAUUUUUAAUUAACUCCUUUCCCCUUAGCUCUUCUAGAAAUGAAAGUUGGUUAUUAAAAUCUCUCAAUCAAUUUCCCUUUCAAUUGUCAAGUUUGAUGCUCCUAGCUCAGGUCAAAUGAUAAAGAUAAGUUUAUCAACAGCCUAACCACCACUUUUAAUAGCUGAAAAUAGCAAUGGAAGGACAACUUUGUCUUAGAGAAGGAAAUGGUAUAUCUACAUGGGAUGGUAUAGGAGAAAUUUAAAGCCCUUAUUGGCUGGAUUAGACAAGUUUACUCAGCUCUCUGGAGAACCUGAAUUUAAUUAAAACAUAACAGCUUGGUAGGUGGAGACACUGUAGCAUUUCAGACAUUUUUUCCAGCUGAUGACAGUGGGGAGAUGUCCAAAAUUAAGGCUAGGAAAGUAUUAUAGAAUAUUUCAGCUAUGGAAUGAUUCUGCCUCAGAACUUAAUUGAUUGCAGAUGAAACAAAAGAGAGCUGUUGAGGUUGCACAAACUUUUCCUCAGCUCAAGACAAUGCAAGAACUAUUAAGGUUAUGUCCAGUUUAAUAGGAACCACAAUACUUGAGAGUUUUAAAUUCAUUGGCAGUUUUUCUUCAAGUAUACCUUAUAAAUAUUAUUUUCAAGAAUAAAAAUGAUAUAGUUUUUGUAACUCAACUCCCAUGGCAAUCCUUUAAAUUAUUUAUGAGGACCCCUUGGUAUCCAUUUAAGAAAAUCUUGUGAGGAGUUUUUGAAAUGCUACAUCUCAAGAUCAACCUUUCUACAAAUUUUUGCAAUUUUUGUUUUUCUCUUUGCAGUUACAUCUUGAGAAACAGGAAUUUUUGUUCCUUGAAGUAUGAAGAGUUUUUGAGCUUUUUAUUUCCUAAAAUACAAUAAUCUUUGGCAUUUUCAAUACCUGCUAUUUUUCAAGAGAAGCUAAGAGGAAUGCAAAUUAGAGUUAAUUAAUUAAUCAUUAGCUGGUAGCAUCUCUAUGCAAACUAUGCUAGCUUGGUCAGCUUUGUAUAUACCAUUAUUUGGUGUUUCUGGAAGACAAAGGGAAGCUCCUUAAAAGAUACUGUCCCAGUUCUGUUCUGCAAUUGUGCUUGGACAAAUCCAAAGAUUCAAUUAAUUUACCAUCAUCACUACUAAAAAGUUAUUUUUUUGAAGGCAGUUUUACUCUGCUCACAUUAUGGCAAAACCUAUCUUAACUGGUUUGUCUUGCUACAAUUCUAUAUUUUUUAUCACUAAUUCAAACAAGAGUUUGGGAGAUGAGAGAGUGUUUUUAAUUCCUACCUGUCUUUGUUGAUUUAUUGAAAUUGUAGUCAGCAAAUAAAUUUUAAGUUACACUCAAGUUUACAUAAUUACUCAGCACGUUUUUUUAGGUGUCUUUUUAUUUAGGGAGGUUUUUCAUGAGUUAUACUCUACCUGUUAAGGAAAUCUAAAGGAAUUUGUCAUUACUAACACAGAAUUUUUCAUGUAUAUUCUCAGGAAUUUAUUGUCAAGGGAGAGGAAAAUUUACAUGUUAUGUUCCAGACUGUUAAGGGAAAUGUACAGGAUACAGCAGUCAGGAUAAAAGGAAACAUGCAUGAUGCAGCUGAGAAAAUGCAUGAUAAUAUGCAUGAAGCAGCUGAGAAAGUGCAUGUGAUGAUAAAGUCCACAAAAGAUAAUAUGUCUGAUGCUGCAGAAAGAGUUCAAGAGAUCCUGAAAACUGCAAAGGACAAUGUUCAGGAAAGCAUGCAUGACGCUGCUGAUAAGGCAGAGAGGAUCUCAAAGAAAGCAAUGGAGUUGGCUCGCUCAGGGUGGUAUCUUCUUGCACACAUUGAACUCCCAGAGUGGCUGCGUGACAAUGACUUUCUAUCACAUCAUCAUCGACCACCAAUGCCAUCAUUCAGAUCUUGUUUUAAGAGUAUCUUUAAAGUUCAUAGUGAAACUGGAAAUAUUUGGACUCAUUUGAUUGGUUUUGUUGCAUUUAUUUGUAUCACAAUCUACAUGUUUCUUCGACCCAUCACCAACACUAAUCCAUUCCCAAAAGACUGGCAAGAGAAGCUAGUGUUUGGGGCAUUCUUCACAGGAGCAAUCUUGUGUUUGGGGUUCUCGUGGAUUUUCCAUACAGUGUACUGUCAUUCCAUCACAGUUUCCAAGAUAUUUAGCAGGUAAUCUGGUUUAAAAAGAUCUUGUUUACAAGUUGCAUCUACAUAUGCCUAUGAAUCCAUAAUUUUUUUGUAAUAAGGAAUUGAUAAUGACACUAUUGAGGAUCAUUUUUUCAUGAAGGAUAAGAGCAGAAUGGGUCUGACCUGUUUAUUUAACAUUAUGUCUGUAAAACACAGGAGCUCUAGGAUGUAUAAUUGAAAUUGUUUUUUUGUCAGGUUCUUUUCCCCUUUCAUUAAGGCCUACCGGAAGUAUUGUUCUGUCUAUCAGUAGCAUGGUGGUCUUUGCAAGUGUCUAUUAGUGUGUUUAAUUAACAGGUUGGAGUAGAAUGUAUUGGUUGAAUUAUUUCUCAUUCUUGGACCAAUUAAGCCAAUCCAGGUAUCAUUUUGAUUUAAUUUUACAUCUAAUCUUUGGGCAUAGCAGAGAGUGUUUCUUUCAAGUCUGCCUUAAGCAGAGAUGAAAAAUCUUGCUAAAAUUCUCAAGGGGUAUUACUACUUAUUUAGCUUAAAUACAUAUGACUAACUGUUAAUUAUUGCUUUUUAGGCUUGACUAUUCAGGAAUAGCUUUAUUGAUCAUGGGUUCUUUCAUCCCUCCACUUUAUUAUGGGUUCUAUUGCUCAAGAAUUCUGAAGAUCAUCUACAUGUCUCUGAUCCUUACUCUGGGAAUCCUCUGCAUGAUUGUGUCUUUGUGGAGUAAGUUCAGCACACCCAAAUACAGAGUUCUUCGAGCAGGUGAUUAUUUAACUUUUUUGUAGGCAUUAUGUCUUUCUUAAUACCAAAUCUGCAAGGGAUAACAAGAGAUAAUUUUGAAGUAAAUUUUUCACAUCCCUUUGUUAAAGGCAAAGUGCCAGAUGCUUUUUUUUUUUAAAUGCAGUGAUAAUUUUUAAAGGUGCAACUCCCAAGAAACAAAUUCUCUUGAUUGGUGGAGUGGAGGCUUUGAACCUUGAAGUGCCUUGAACUCCAUGAUGACAUAAUUUUUUGAUGCACUCCUAAACAGGUCACGUGUCUUUAACAGCCUUGUCCAUUAAGUAAUGUAGCUGGGUAUGGAAAAAUCAUCAGAAUAACUUGAAAAAAGUUAUGUGAUUAGCCUAGAAUUGACUAGACUACUGCUUCAUCUUAAAUUGUUUUAUUUUUUUGUCAGGUCUUUUCCUUACAUUUGGAUGUUCUGGUAUUGUCCCUGCUAUUCAUUUCAUAGUAGCAUAUGGGGUAACUCUAGCUCAUCGUCAGGCAUCUGUUGGAUGGAUGGCACUAAUGGGCGCCCUAUACAUAAUUGGUGCUAUUAUGUAUGCUACUAGAGUUCCAGAGAGGUUUUUUCCGGGAAAGUGUGACAUUUGGGUAAGCAUUUUAAAGUACAAUUUUACCUCUGCAUUGAUUUUCAACCAGUGUUUCAGUCAGGUUAACUACACAUACAAGAUCAUGAGUCAAAGACACAAUAACUCUUUGACUUUCUUCUUAAGCUGUUAAGCUUGUAGAAUAAAUGGUGUACGAGUAGGGCCUGAAUAAAUUGGUGGGAAUGUGUCCUGAAAGUCCCCUCUGGGUACCCCUCAUUUAGUCAGGAAAUAAAACACUACCAAUGCUGAUAAAGGAUAAUUUACUGUAGAACCAACAAUUAAAAGUGAGAGAUACACAUGCACUCUUCAGUGCUUCUACUGACAGGAGUAGAAUGAUAUGCUGGUGUUGUGGUUACCAUGUGGAACUGUUAGGUUGCCGUGUCUGGUGUAGCUUUGAAAUGUAAUAAAUAUAUAUUUGGUUAUAAAAUCUCACAAACUUUAUUUUGAUAAUGUACCAAGUUAGCCCUGACACAACCAUUUCAGUGCAGGAACCACUUGUUACCAGUUUUCUCACGUGCUCUUUUUUUUUCCUCUUUAGUUUCAGAGUCAUCAAAUUUUUCAUGUGCUUGUAGUAGCUGCUGCCUUAGUCCAUUUGUAUGGCAUUUGUCAAAUGGCAUACUAUAGGUUUGACCAGGGUGCUGUAUGUGAAAAAUAAUUAAAAACAAAUGUGAUUUUGCUGUUUGUUUCAUUGGUGAAUGUGUAAAUGUAGUUUCUUAAGUUAAUUAUCAGUAAAUGAAUUUCGAUCUGUGGAACAGAGUCUUGUAUGUAGUGUAAAGUUAAAUUUCUUCAUUUUGUUGCUGGUAGAUUUGUACACAUUCUAUUUAACACUUAGGUUUUCCCAGAUUAAAAUUAAGAAUAACAAUUUGUAUAUAGACUAUAUUUGCUAAAGAAAGCUUGAAAAGAUGUGCUCAAGGCCUCCAUCAAGUUGUCUUUUACUUUGUUAUUAAUCAAAUGUUUUCUUAAACCAGUUUUCAGCAAGGGAUGUCUUUGAUAGCAGUAUUUAAUAUGAUGGUUUGUUGUAAAUUAAAAAUUUGAUACAAGAAAUGCAUUACACAUACUGAUCAUUCAGGUGUUAAAACACUAUUGUGGCUUUGUAGAGUGAAUUACUUUGUGAGAAAGGAAUUGAACAAAUAAUUUUCAAUCAAAGUUA